AUGGAGCAUGCUUGUGUAGAUUGGACUGGAUUGCUGGAUUGUGGCGCUGGAGCGAAUUGCAUAUUCAGACGCAGCGACGCAGACACGCAGACACGCAGAGACUCACGAGCGGUGCCCGAUGACGGCAGCUGCGGGCUGCAACAGCAACAACAGCCGGACAGGGCGCCCUUUCCCUCUGACUGCUGGGUUCCUGCCGUCGUUGGAGUGCAGCUCCUCGCUCGCUCCUGCCCUCCCCGUCUGGCUGCGUCGGGCCCGAAAUGCCCUUCUUUGCUCGGCGCACCCCAUCGCUUUGGGCCUAGCCGAGCCCCGUCGCUUGCAUCACCUCCCUCCCACCACCAGCUGCCCACCCACCGCAGUAGAGAUCAUCGCCGUUCGACGCCCGCUGCUGCUUCAGAACAUGGCCACGCUCUGUUGCGUCAGUUUAGCUCGCUGCCGGCCCAGUGGAUGAAGGAUGCCGGCCUUGCCCGCCGCCUCAACACCAUCUUCUUCCCAGACUGCAUCAACGCUGACAGUUGCACGCCGGCCCCCUCGAGUCGCCGACGGCGUGCCAUCUACUGUCACCGCCCCGCUGUCAUCUUACAAAAUCCUUUUCUGCUCGACCAGACCGACCUCCAUGACUAA